GGCGGGAGGGGCUGAGCCAGCCGCACCGGACAAUGAGCCGGGCAGCUCGACGCUGCGGCCACUUUUAGGCCCGGCGCCGGCGGGCGGGAGCAUCCGCAGCUCAGCGGCCCCACCUGCGAGCAGGGGGCGGGAUGCCAGAGCCAGGUGUCCCGGCGCUUUGAAAAAGGCCCUUCACAGCCCGGCGUCCCUGAGCUGGCUCUCGCAUUGACCCUGGCUACCUGCAGGCUUUGGCUGGGACGGUUUUCUUGCGGACAGCGCUCGGAGCGGCUGCGAUGGCCAGCACCAGGAGCAUUGAACUGGAGCACUUCGAGGAACGGGACAAAAGGCCGCGGCCGGGGUCGCGGAGAGGAGCGCCCAGCUCCUCUGGGGGUAGCAGCAGCUCUGGCCCCAAGGGGAACGGGCUCAUCCCCAGCCCGGCGCACAGUGCCCACUGCAGCUUCUACCGCACGCGGACGCUGCAGGCCCUGAGCUCCGAGAAGAAGGCCAAGAAGGCGCGCUUCUACCGGAAUGGGGACCGCUAUUUCAAGGGCCUGGUCUUUGCCAUCUCCAGCGACCGCUUCCGGUCCUUCGAUGCGCUGCUUAUGGAGCUCACCCGCUCCUUGUCGGACAACGUGAACCUGCCUCAGGGCGUCCGCACCAUCUACACCAUUGACGGCAGCAGGAAAGUCACCAGCCUGGACGACCUCCUCGAAGGUGAGAGUUAUGUGUGUGCAUCAAAUGAACCAUUUCGUAAAGUCGAUUACACCAAAAAUAUUAAUCCAAACUGGUCUGUGAACAUCAAAGGUGGAACGACUCGAGCCUUGGCUACUCCCUCCUCGGGGAAAAGUAAAGUGAAGGAAAGCAAAGAUUUCAUCAAACCCAAGUUAGUGACUGUGAUUCGAAGUGGAGUGAAGCCUAGGAAAGCCGUGCGGAUCCUUCUGAAUAAGAAGACUGCUCAUUCCUUUGAACAGGUCUUAACAGAUAUCACCGAAGCCAUUAAGCUAGACUCGGGAGUAGUCAAGAGGCUCUGCACGCUGGACGGGAAGCAGGUUACUUGUCUGCAAGACUUUUUUGGUGAUGAUGAUGUUUUUAUUGCAUGUGGACCUGAAAAAUUCCGUUAUGCCCAAGAUGACUUUGUCCUGGAUCACAGUGAAUGCCACGUCUUGAAGUCAUAUUAUUCUCGCUCGUCAGCUAAGUAUUCUGGCUUCAAAAGCUCUGGGCCCUCUCGACGCAGCAAGUCGCCAGCUUCAGUAAAGAGGGGUGCCCACUACUCCAGUGCCUAUUCUACAGCCAGAUCCCCAGUUAAUGGAACGCCCAGCAGCCAGCUUUCCACUCCUAAAUCUACGAAAUCCUCCAGUUCCUCUCCAACUAGUCCAGGAAGUUUCAGAGGAUUAAAGCAGGUUUCUGCACAUGGCAGAUCUUCUUCCAACAUAAAUGGUGGACCUGAACUUGAUCGCUGCAUGAGUCCUGAAGGCAUGAAUGGAAACAAGUGCUCUGAAUCAUCUACUCUUCUUGAGAAAUACAGAAUUGGAAAAGUUAUUGGCGAUGGCAAUUUUGCAGUAGUCAAAGAGUGCACGGACAGGUCCACUGGGAAGGAGUUCGCCCUAAAGAUUAUAGACAAAGCCAAGUGUUGCGGAAAGGAACACCUGAUUGAGAAUGAAGUGUCAAUACUGCGCCGAGUGAAACAUCCAAAUAUCAUCAUGCUGGUCGAGGAGAUGGAAACAGCUACUGAGCUCUUUCUGGUGAUGGAAUUGGUCAAAGGUGGAGAUCUCUUUGAUGCCAUUACCUCUUCCACCAAGUACACAGAGAGGGAUGGCAGUGCCAUGGUGUACAACCUGGCCAACGCCCUCAGGUACCUCCACGGCCUCAGCAUUGUGCAUAGAGACAUCAAGCCAGAGAACCUCUUGGUGUGUGAAUAUCCUGAUGGAACCAAGUCUUUGAAACUGGGAGACUUUGGGCUGGCCACUGUGGUGGAAGGGCCUUUAUACACAGUGUGCGGCACACCAACUUACGUGGCUCCCGAAAUCAUUGCUGAAACCGGCUAUGGCCUGAAGGUGGACGUGUGGGCAGCAGGCGUGAUUACGUACAUACUUCUCUGUGGAUUCCCACCGUUCCGAAGUGAGAACAAUCUCCAGGAAGAUCUCUUCGAUCAGAUCCUGGCGGGGAAGCUCGAGUUUCCAGCGCCCUACUGGGAUAAUAUCACGGACUCGGCAAAGGAAUUAAUCAGUCAAAUGCUUCAGGUAAACGUGGAAGCACGGUGUACUGCGGGACAAAUCCUGAGUCACCCCUGGGUGUCAGAUGAUGCCUCCCAGGAGAAUAAUAUGCAGGCCGAAGUAACAGGUAAACUAAAACAGCACUUUAAUAAUGCGCUCCCCAAACAGAACAGCACCACCACCGGGGUCUCCGUCAUCAUGAACCGUCCGAGGCCUUGGUGGGCACUGCUUCACGUGAGAGAUGUCGGAGUGGAGAACUUCACUGAUCACUGUUUCAUUAGAUGCCAAGAGAGCUGCUUACAUGUUAGCAUGACCUUCAAGUGCAUCGUGAGAAGUAUGUGCAUGGUACAGCUGAGCCCUCCCAGGCAUGGAGCUGUUCCGGGACCCUCAAGAAUUGCGGUGCAGUUAGGAUGUUUAGCAACUUCCCAGCUUCCUUGCUUCCCCCUGCAAUGAAAACUGGAGAUUCCUGCAUGACAGACACCAUUACACUUUAUGUGACAAAAAAGGGAAGUAGCUAAGCAAGUUGCUCUCCUGGUUGAAGUAGAAAACUCUCUCCUUAGGGUGGGGAGGGGGCAGGGAUAGCCAAGAGGAGGUGUUGGUGUGGUUGCUGAUAUGCAUGGCUUAUGCAGAUUUUGAGAUUUAAGUCCCGCCCCCUUUUCAGUUUGUGAUUUCACAUGAUGUCACUUGAUGACAGGAGGCUACUCCAUGAUCUAGAACAGACACCUGGAACUGGCAGAGCUUCUCCACCAUGCUAUGUUGAGAUCCCUCCAGAUGUUUAAAGACACUUCUGCUGCUUGGUGUGGAGGGAUAUCUCGUAGGUCCGCUGUGUUCUUCAGCAGUGAUGGACAGAACUGAUGCAGAAGGACCAAACUGGGCCCACGAUUUGCAUGGCCAGGAGCUCUUGACAUCAUACUGAAGGAACCUAGUGAAAGUCUCUCCCCUCAGACUCCUAUCUUGAUGCAUCUAAUUGUUGUCUGCUGUUUUCACUCAAUUCUAGUUGCUGAAAAGGGUACAAAGUGGACGUGCAGUCUGGCUGCAGCCAGGGUUCCCUGGCCAUCUCCUGUGAACCUGACCCACACGACCUCUGCAUCCCACUGCCCCUCUCACAUCGAGGUGGGAGGACAUAUGGCACCAGGUUGGGCUGAGACUGGAGUUUGAGAGAACCCCAGAGACACGUUGUUCUCGACCUCUGAAAUCCUGAGUGCCGCGCUGGUUUUGAGAGGAGCUGGGGAAGAACUCGUCACUCCGCAUCGGCCUGGAGUUUUCCAUUAACGCUGAAUGUGCAGAAGAAGCCGUUUUCGUAGAAUAUGACACAAUGACCCUCUCUUGAAGCCUGAAUGAGUUUUGGUUUCAGGCAGUUUUCAGGACCCUCCAAAGUCCUUAACAAGUCUCCAUUCAUGGAAUGUAUGAGACAUGGUCCUUCUGAGAAAAGAGAAGAAACAAAAGACACAAUUCAUUUUUGUAAUGAGAACAGACGUGUGAUCUGAAUCUCGAGCACAGAUGAAACCGGAUUAUAAUACCAUAUUACAGUUGUAGAAAGCCUUCAAAAUUAUGCAUCUUAUAUGUUAUUUGUAAAAUUUCCUCUGCAUGCUUGCUAGAUCUCACCUUUCACUUGAGAGAGGAGAACGCUGAGUCAUAUACAUUCAAGUUCACUCCUCCUCAAGAUACAAAGUUACUUUAUGAAAUUCAUUAUUCCUAGAGGUGACUAAAAACUCGAGGAAUUCAGAAAGGAACAGGACAAAUUUCAAAUCCUAGAAGAGCUUCCAGAAAGGCUGGGCUUCAGUCCUACAUGGGCCCCUUUCCCCUAUCUCACCAGGGUCCUGACGGCCCUGGGAUCCUCGUCAGGGCAGCUUUUGAAGGCCUAAGUGUCCCUCUCUCUCACUGCUUGCUACUGUACAAUGAAAGAAGGUCUGUGGUAGUCCACCUUCUCACCACCCCCUCCCCAGAUGAAUUCAGAGAUCCUUUUACCACUUCUUGAAAACUGAGUCUACUUCCUAGCUGCUCCCCAAAGCAAACAGUACCACCCACCACCCCUAGCAUCUCAGGCUGACAAUCAGGCCGAGAUGCUUGAGGAAGACGGGAACUGCUUGCGUGAUGAGCAGGUUCUAAGAGGUGUGAGUCUGACAAAAGGAGUAAAGGAGUACAUAUGCCUUACUGCUCUCCAGGCUAAAUCACCUGGGGCUGCAUGGAAUCGUUACCUGUUGCCCACAGGACUCCUAACAGCAUGCCCUUUAAAAAUGAGGCUCUCAGCUGUUUCUUGACCACUCAGUAAAUUUACAUUUUUAUUGUUCUCAAAUACAUCCAGGCAGUCUUUGCUUUGCACAGUUCCAGUAGGUGUCAAUUUCAGUUAUCAGAGUAACUGUGCACAGUACACACUUCGUGGCUAGUUCUUCAGUACACAACUAUGUAAACAACAGAUGUGCACCGUGAUUGGUGACCAACCACAUCGCUGCUUUCAAAGUUGGUCAGUGAGUGGCCACUGUGUGUCUGUUACUCAGUUCAUGCACAGACAGCAAACUAAGAAAAGUUGUGUUGCCUCCUUGUCUCCAGUGAUACACCUAUGUGACAUUUCGCAAGAAUGGACACAGAGGGUACUGGCCAACAAAGAUGAAACUGCGGUGAGGAAAUGAAGUGAUCAAACUGCAAGCGAGGAGAAGGAGCGGACUGUGGGAACGCCGACACUGCUCAGACAGUGUCGGUCCGCGGCCAGCGGAAACCAGUCAAGGUGAACUUACUGACAUAAAUUAGGAAAGUGGUCGUAACAAAAAUGGUGAUGUCCCAGAAAAAGUGAUGCCGGCAAAACCUUCACAUUAAAGGAACCCUCGGGGAUAAAGCACAGAAGAUAAAAUGUGGAAGCUGAUUCAGAGGAGUAUGACAACUAGUCAAGGUGUGGAAAACUUAAGUUACACAAAGAGAAGGCAGCAAGCACUGUUCGAAGUGCUCUUGAUAAGGUCCUCACAAAGAAAUAAUUUAAUUCCCAAUGCUUCUAAUGUUUUACAUUACAGUGUACUAAGUAAAUGAGUUUUACUAUUUUUUCGUGUCCAUAUAUAUGUGUGUAUGUAAAGAAUAUUUAAAGUCCGUGGACCAAUCAAAAUUUUCCAUUGAUUAUUAAAAUCAUUUUGCAUGGUUUCA